GAAGUGAGAAUUGGCCACUCUCUGAAUGAGGCUGAGAGUCAACUUGUGGCCAACAGGAGAGCAACCGUUCAACAGUGUCUUCAGCAGCACAAUAUAACCUGCAGUGUGGAUGAGGUGCCCAUCAUUGCUGUGGUGGCCGCUGGUGGUGGAGAAAGAGCUAUGAUUGCACUGCUGGGGUCACUGAGCCAGAUGAGUGAAGAAGAACUUCUGGACUGCAUCAUGUAUCUCGGUGGCGACUCUGGGUCUACUUGGUGCAUGGCAUCAGUAUACAAAGAACCAGACUGGUCCAAACAAAUGGAGACAGUCAAACAAAACAUCAUCAAAAGGCUCAAUUAUGGCAACGUUACCUGCUCUGAACAAUACAAAAAGCUAGCAAAAAUGUGUGGAAAGGACAACUUCAGCGUAACUGACAUCUGGUCUGUAUUCCCUGUGUCUGGAAUAGUGAAAGAGAUUGAUGAUCAUGUAAUCACAGAACAGAGGGGUCAGUACACCAAUGACCCAUAUCCCAUUUAUACAGUGAUAGACAAGCAGUGUAAACAUAACACACUGUAUAAAGACACUUGGUUUGAGAUUACUCCAGAUGAGUGUGGCUACUCCCUCACUGGAGCCUUUGUGGAUACCAAAUGUUUUGGAAGUCGGUUUGAGAAAGGGGCAAAGACUGAGGAACAUCCUGAGAUUGACAUGCUGUACCUACAAGGUCUAUGUACUAGUGCCCUAGCUGAUGUGCAAGAGAUAAGAAACAGGAUGUGUGAACAAAUACUACACUUUUUCACACAGAUGAAAUCAACUUUCACCACUUUACAAGGACCACAUAUGGAGGAAGGUUACCAGGUGUUGUGCAACCUUCUGGAGAUGAAUAUCAGUUUCCACAAAGGAAAAGACCCUUCGAUUUACGUAACCAACAUGAAUGAACUACUGGAAGGAAAGCAUGAUAAAGAUGGACAAAAGGUACAACUUCAUGAUACAAUCACAGAAGAGAUCUUAAAGAAACACACCCUGUGUGUCUGUCAUUCUUUCUUUGACUGGUUCCCAGAGAUGAAGGGUUUGAAGAAGCAGGACACAAAAUAUGGAUCCAGAACCUUGGACGAGCCAGUGAUUUCUGCUGAUUUUUGGAAAGUCAUUGCUAAGUGCAUAGAGAAAGUUUCUCAGUGGGACUGGGGAACAACAUACAACUUUCUCUAUAAGAUGAAAGCUGAUGACGUUCACACCAGCAUCCUUAAGUCAAAGACAAGACAAUAUGAGGACACUGGUCUGUUAAUCAACUCACCUUAUUUGUCCAUACUGCGAAAGGAGCGAAACGUUGACCUCAUCAUUUCCCUUGACUUUAAUUCUGGAGUUCAGUUUGAGACAGUGGAUCAAGUUGCUCAAAUGAGUAAAGUUCUUCAGAUCCCGUUCCCUACAGUUGAACACCCAGGGAAUACUGAAGAACUAGAGGACUUCUAUGUGUUUAAGAACAACCCCAAUGCUCCAGUUGUGAUUCACAUGCCUCUUUUUAAUGCUAUGAACUGUAAAGGUGAAGUUAAGAUGUGGGAAAACAAAUACACAACCUUUCAGUUGGCUUACAGUGAGGAUAUGAUCAGUAAUCUUUUGGAGAAAGCUGGUCUAAACAUUAAAAACACAAAGGAGAAACUCCUGAAGGAGAUUGAAGAAGUCAUUCAAAGAAAGGAGAAUUAG